AGUCCGCCGCACAGUCGCAGCCAAGCCGCCGGGCACAGCGGUACCACUCAACGGAAUUUCCUCGAGACCCGCGUCCACUUUUUCCGGCCUCUGUGUGCAAACUAAUCCUCCACGUGCUCAAGCGUUGUGUCCACAUCCUUAUCGAAUUUCAAUUUCCUCCCAAGGAUAUCCGCAGAAAAAACGCUGAAAACGAAUACCGUGAUUUGUUUCUAUUUAACAAAUAGAAGUCAAGCCAUUAGAUAUCCACACAGAGAGUCGCCCAGCGUGAGCCAUGCCAACACAAAGUAGCGCGAUGUGGGGCCAGAAAAGCAAUCGCAAGUUAAUUAUCGGCGUUUUCGGCUUCUGCCUGGGACUAUUUGGCAUAUUGUGCGGAAUGUUCUGGGUGGACCUGUUCGAUUGGAUCAUGCAGAAGGAAAUGGCUUUGGCCCCCGACACACGUGUCUACGACAACUGGAAGAGUCCUCCAAUGGAUCUUAGUUUGGACAUCUAUCUGUUCAACUGGACGAAUCCCGAGGACUUCGGCAACCUCUCCACGAAGCCCAUUAUGGAGCAGGUGGGUCCCUACCGCUUCACCGAGCGACCCGAUAAAGUGGACCUCAACUGGCAUCCGGAAAAUGCCUCCGUGAGCUAUCGCCGCCGCAGUUUGUUCUACUUCGAUGCGGAAGGCAGCAACGGCAGUCUGGACGAUGAAAUCAACACCCUGAAUGCCGUGGCUCUGUCGGCAGCUGCCACUGCGAAACAUUGGCCCUCAGUUAAGCGCACCAUUGUGGACGUGGGUCUAACGAUGUAUGGAGCCGAAAUGACAGUCACCAAAUCCAUCGAUGAACUCCUUUUUACCGGAUACAGUGAUGCCAUGAUAGACGUGGCCCGAGCAAUGCCCAUUUUUGGAGAUGAGGUGAAGGUGCCUUUUGACAAAUUCGGAUGGUUUUAUACGCGCAAUGGAAGCGCCGAUCUCACUGGAGUAUUUAAUGUCUUCACGGGAGCCGAUCACCUGUCCAAAUUGGGACAAAUGCACUCGUGGAACUACCAGGAAAACACUGGAUUUUUCGAUUCCUAUUGCGGAAUGACGAAUGGAUCUGCCGGGGAAUUCCAGCCCCAACAUCUCAAGCCUGGCGAUAGUGUUGGUCUAUUUACACCUGAUAUGUGCAGAACGGUUCCUUUGGAUUACGUGGAAACUGUGGAUAUCGAAGGUCUUAAGGGAUAUAAGUUUUCUGGUGGACCUCGUUCUGUGGAUAAUGGCACCCUGUACCCCGAAAACCUUUGUUUUUGUGGCGGUGAAUGUGUUCCUUCCGGAGUGAUGAACAUCAGCUCCUGCCGCUUUGGAUCUCCGGUCUUUAUGUCCUAUCCGCACUUCUUCAACGGCGAUAGUUACUUUGUGAAUCAGGUGGAGGGCUUAAGCCCCAAUCAGGCGGAUCACGAGUUCUAUAUGGUUGUGGAACCCAGUACUGGAAUUCCCCUAGAAGUGGCCGCCCGAUUCCAGGUCAACAUGCUGGUGGAGCCCAUCCAAGGCAUCCAGCUCUACACUGGAAUACCCAAGGUGUUCUUUCCACUCAUUUGGUUUGAGCAAAAAGUAAGAAUCACUCCGGAAAUGGCGGAUCAACUGAAGGUGCUUCCGAUUGUUCUGCUUUCCGGACACAUCUUCGCCGGAGUUUGCCUGGCGAUCGGAAUAAUACUCCUGUGCUGGGGUCCGGUUCAGAACUUGGUAUCUUCGUGUCGAAAUCGUAGAUACGAUCUGAAGACCCAAACGAAAACCAAUGGUCAGUACAAGAGUCGCUCGCAAUUCUCCAGUGCCGAGGAACUCAAGUCGAAGGCCUCCACUUUGGUCUGCGAGAAGAGUGUCAAAGGAUCUCCGGACAGUUCUCCGCUCCUCGAAAAAGUCCGAAAGCCAACGAUCAUUAAAUCGCAGACGGGGGAGAGUGUGGCCACCGCAUCCACAGCCAUCAGCGACAAUAAACAGGAUUAAACGAGCGCAUCACUUCCUCGCCAUCUAGAUAGUUAAGCCGUCCUAGUGCUUUAGUCGUAGCUCGUAGUUUAGUGACACUCUAAAAUACCCAACUAAAAGUUUUAACCAUUCCCGUGCCUAUGCCAAAGAUUAGAUAGCCACCGAGGUCGAACCGUUUGGCGAUCUUCGCGUAUCUAACGAAUACUCUUUUUACAUUCCCUAGUUUUUAGAUACUUUUGUAUUUGAACGUUUUCGAGACCGAAAGUGUGUGUGUCAAAUAAAAUUUUUAUAAAAUUUA